CAAGAUCACAUUUGAGUUGCCAACUAGCCAAAAGUUUGGCCAUAUAGCCCCUCUUGUUCACAUGCAUUGGUUUUUGAGCUUUUUUUUUGUUUUGUUUUUAUACACAAUCAUCAAGUACUUGCUCUAUAAUAAAAUCUAUAUAACACCAUACACUUUGUACUAAAUUUUUUACCCCAUUUUCUUUUCUUUUCCCUCUUAAAAAAAUGGAGUUCUCUAAGAUAACUUCACUUCUUUUCAUUUGCAUGCUUUUGCUUUCCUCUUUAACUCCCAUUCUUGGUUGUGGCUAUUGUGGUAAACCUUCUCACAAGCCCAAGACCAAGAAGCCCAAAACUCCCUCUCCCAUUGUCAAACCCCCUAUCAAUUUGCCACCUAUUGGAAUUCCGCCCGUCACAGUUCCACCAGUUGUAAAACCGCCUAUCAAUUUGCCACCUAUUGGACUUCCACCCGUCACAGUUCCACCAGUUGUAAAACCGCCUAUUACUUUACCACCGGUUGUAAAACCGCCUAUCAAUUUGCCACCUAUUGGAAUUCCACCUGUCACAGUUCCACCAGUUGUAAAACCGCCUAUCACUUUACCACCAGUUGUCAAACCCCCCAUCAAGUUGCCACCUAUUGGGCUUCCACCUGUCACAGUUCCACCAGUAAUUACCCCAUCACCUAAAGGGAAAAAACCAUGUCCACCAACUACAAAGGCAACAUGCCCAAUUGACACAUUGAAACUUGGGGCUUGUGUGGAUCUUCUUGGUGGACUUGUUCAUAUUGGUCUUGGUGAUCCAGCUGUUCAUGAAUGUUGUCCAAUAAUUAGUGGACUUGCUGAACUUGAAGCUGCUGCUUGCCUUUGCACAACACUUAAACUCAAACUACUUAACCUUAAAAUCUAUGUUCCUCUUGCUCUUCAACUACUUGUUACUUGUGGCAAAACUCCUCCACCUGGCUACACUUGCUCCAUCUAGGAUUUCCAGAUUAAAUUUGAAGAAUUGCAUGGAUUGACAUGAAAGGAUGUCAAAUUUAUGAUUAAUUAAUUUCUCAUUUUCUCUCCAAAUUGUAUUUUAUGUAUUUCUGCUAUUGUUUUUACUUUUGGCUUUGUUGAAUUGUGAUUUAUUAAUGAAAUUUAUUUCAGUGUAUUAAUGAAAGUAAUUUUUAUCCA